GAGUGUGCGGAGCUGGGCGGCGCGGGCCGAGGCGCGGGCGGAGCAGAGGGCGGAGGCGCGGGGCGCGCGUUUGGGGCGCUGCGGCGGGGAGGGUGGCGGCCGCUGGGGCGCGCGGGCCGUGUGUGCGCGCUCUGCCGCUCCAGGAGGAAGAUGGCCCGGGAGGGAAAGUUGGGGUGACGCGCGCUGCCCCCGGACGCUCGCCAGGGGGCACGGAGGCGAGCCCGACAGAGCGGCGGCCACCCAGGCUGGGGGGCGCGCAGUCUGGGCACCGCCGUCACCACACCCGCCCCCUCACUGCAGGUGGCCGUGGGAGCUGGGAGUCCGAGUGGCCCGGGGGCGCGGGCGGGCGCGCGCGGGGGAGUCCAGCUGAGGGAUGGGCUGCGCCCCCAGCAUCCAUGUCUCGCAGAGCGGUGUGAUCUACUGCCGGGACUCGGAUGAGUCCAACUCGCCCCGCCAGACCAGCAGCGUGUCGCAGGGCCCCACGGCGCCCCUGCACGGCCUCUUCGUGCAGACCGACGCCGCCGACGCCAUGCCCCCGAGUCGCGCGGCGGGACCCCCGGGCGCUGUCCGAGUCCGCAGGUCCCGGGCUGAGCUGGGCAGCGGCAGCAGCACCGGGUCCUCGGGGCCCGCGGCGACCACCUGCCGGGGCCGGAGGCGCCACUGCUGCAGCAGCGCCGAGGCCGAGACCCAGACUAGCUACACCAGCGUCAAGCAGGUGUCUUCUGCCGAGGUGCGCAUUGGGCCCAUGAGACUGACACAGGACCCUAUCCAGGUCCUGCUGAUCUUUGCAAAAGAAGAUAGCCAGAGCGAUGGCUUCUGGUGGGCUUGUGACAGAGCUGGCUACAGAUGCAACAUUGCUCGAACUCCAGAGUCGGCCCUCGAAUGCUUUCUGGAUAAGCAUCAUGAGAUUAUAGUGAUCGAUCACAGGCAGACCCGUAACUUUGAUGCAGAAGCCGUGUGCAGGUCAAUCCGGGCCACGAACCCCUCUGAGCACACAGUGAUCCUGGCUGUGGUUUCACAAGCAUCUGAUGACCAUGAAGAGGCCUCGGUCCUUCCUCUUCUCCAUGCAGGCUUUAACCGGAGAUUUAUGGAGAACAGCAGCAUAAUUGCUUGCUAUAAUGAACUGAUUCAAAUAGAACACGGGGAAGUUCGCUCGCAGUUCAAAUUACGGGCCUGUAACUCAGUGUUUACAGCGUUAGACCACUGUCACGAAGCCAUAGAAAUAACAAGUGAUGACCACGUGAUUCAGUAUGUCAACCCUGCCUUUGAGAGGAUGAUGGGCUACCACAAAGGGGAGCUCCUGGGGAAGGAACUCGCUGACCUACCUAAGAGUGACAAGAACCGGGCAGACCUCCUGGACACCAUCAACACGUGCAUCAAGAAGGGAAAGGAGUGGCAGGGGGUUUACUAUGCCAGACGGAAAUCCGGGGACAGCAUCCAACAGCACGUGAAGAUCACCCCAGUGAUUGGCCAAGGAGGGAAAAUUAGGCACUUUGUCUCCCUCAAGAAGCUGUGCUGUACCACUGACAGUAGCAAGCAGAUCCACAGGAUUCAUCGCGAUUCCGGAGACAACUCUCAGACAGAGCCUCAUUCGUUCAGACACAAGAGCAGGAGAAAAGAGUCCAUUGAUGUGAAAUCAAUAUCUUCUCGAGGCAGUGAUGCGCCAAGCCUACAGAAUCGCCGCUACCCCUCCAUGGCAAGGAUCCACUCCAUGACCAUUGAGGCCCCCAUCACAAAGGUUAUAAAUAUAAUCAACGCCGCUCAAGAAAACAGCCCAGUUACAGUGGCAGAAGCCUUGGACAGAGUUCUAGAAAUUUUACGAACCACAGAGCUGUACUCCCCGCAGCUGGGAACCAAGGACGAAGAUCCUCACACCAGUGACCUUGUCGGAGGCCUGAUGACCGAUGGCUUGAGGAGACUGUCAGGGAAUGAGUACGUGUUUACAAAGAAUGUGCACCACAGUCACAGUCACCUCUCGAUGCCCAUCACCAUCAACGAUGUCCCCCCAAGUAUUGCCCAGCUCCUUGAUAAUGAGGAAAGUUGGGACUUCAACAUCUUUGAAUUGGAAGCUAUUACACAUAAAAGGCCACUUGUGUACCUGGGCUUAAAGGUCUUCUCUCGGUUUGGAGUAUGUGAAUUUUUAAACUGUACCGAAACCACUCUUCGGGCCUGGCUGCAAGUGAUUGAAGCAAACUACCACUCCUCCAAUGCCUACCACAACUCCACCCAUGCCGCCGACGUACUGCACGCCACGGCUUUCUUCCUUGGAAAGGAAAGAGUGAAGGGAAGCCUGGACCAGCUGGAUGAGGUGGCGGCUCUGAUUGCAGCCACGGUGCAUGACGUGGAUCACCCCGGAAGAACCAACUCCUUCCUGUGUAACGCAGGCAGCGAGCUCGCUGUGCUCUACAACGACACUGCGGUCUUGGAGAGUCACCACACAGCCCUGGCCUUCCAGCUCACCGUCAAGGACACCAAGUGCAACAUUUUCAAGAAUAUCGACAGGAACCACUAUCGAACGCUGCGCCAGGCUAUUAUUGACAUGGUUUUGGCCACAGAGAUGACAAAACACUUUGAACAUGUGAACAAGUUUGUGAACAGCAUCAACAAGCCUCUAGCAGCCGAGAGUGAGGGCAGCGACUGUGAAUGCAACCCUACUGGGAAGAACUUUCCCGAAAACCAAAUCCUCAUCAAGCGUAUGAUGAUUAAGUGUGCUGACGUGGCCAACCCGUGCCGCCCCUUGGACCUGUGCAUCGAAUGGGCUGGAAGGAUCUCCGAGGAGUACUUUGCACAGACUGACGAAGAGAAGAGGCAGGGGCUGCCUGUAGUGAUGCCAGUGUUCGACCGCAAUACCUGCAGCAUCCCCAAGUCGCAGAUAUCCUUCAUCGACUACUUCAUAACAGACAUGUUUGAUGCUUGGGAUGCCUUUGCACACCUGCCAGCCCUGAUGCAACACCUGGCCGACAACUAUAAACACUGGAAGACACUGGAUGACCUCAAGUGCAAAAGUCUGAGACUUCCAUCUAACAGCUAAAGCCAAGCCAGAGAAGGGGACACUGACCUACAGAGGACACUGUGAAUCGGAGAGUAGUACAAGCCAGAGGGUUUCUCUUACGGUGGAAAUGACAGGCGGACGUUAAGGAGCUAGUGUUUAAUAUCUGACCUGAAUCAUGCACGCCCCCCAAAUUUCAUUUUCAGAAAGUUAUGUUCCAUCAGUAAAAAUAUGUCCUUUUGAAUCACUUAGUGACAAAACGAGCCACUUGGCAGAAGAGGCCGCCGAGAUGUUAGCCUGUGUGCCCUUGUAAAAACCCACAGAGCUGACAGAUUUGCGGAAGGCGCAAGCAGGACACAAGACGCAAAGACCUGUUGUCUAUGUGUCCGUGCUCCUGAUGGAGACCAGGUCGCUCAGCCAGGGUUCAGCUCAACUGUUACCAGGAAACCGAACGCGGAUGCUUACUUUGACUACUUUCCUCAAUGGAUGAAGGACUCGUAAACCUUCUCUGUGCAAAUGUCUGGGAGAAGGAGCUACUUAAGUGGGAAGGAGGAGAACGAGAUUGUCAAUAGCCACUAGUUAGCGCUGUGGCUCCCAUGGCUAUGUGGCAGGUAGUGUGAUGUCCAAGCGGGAACACAGCCUGGGCCUGCUGGAUGUCCCUUGGUUGGGCAUCAGCCACCGGUGGAGCCCCCUUUCCUCUGUGGAACCUGCCUUUUGAAGCCAACCGAUAGGGGAGAAGUGGGAUCCCGGUGAAGGCAGUCCUUGAGGCCCCUUAUUUCAGGCUCAUGGACACAGCCACAAGUCAGAGUAUCUACAAAGCCAUUAAAUCUGAAUGCUCGUGGAUAAGGUUUUUUUUUUUUUAAUUUAAGAGAAGAAAAAUUUAUAUAUUUGCUGUUCAAAGAUUUUUAUUAAAAGAAUCUAAACGUCCUGGAUCUUCACCCCUAGUUUGCUGGGCAUUACCUGUCUGUAUUUGCGGAGGAAAUGGGGACGUUUCAAGGUUCCUUAACUUAUAUUUGAGGUCAUGCCAUUUGCUUUAGUGAUGUAAAAAGAGAAGUGUCAGUCUGUCGGGACCCGGGCGUGGGGAGGCAGUAAGCACGAUUUUAAGCUAUCACCUGUGCGCUGAAGCCCCUCAAGCACAAAGCAUAUUUUUAUACGAUUCUUUUCACAGCGCUCCGUGCUCUGCAUACGGCCACACGAGAACCUCCCUAUCAGCCACCCCUUCUGUGUUACGAAUACCAGAAACCAAGUAAAUGAAAUACCUUACUUUUAUUCUAUCUGUAUUCCAUGAUGCACUUUGAAGAUGUAUAGAAACUGAAAUGCUAGAAUCAGUAGAGGACUGGACGGGGGAGUAUGAGAAAUCGGAGCACGGGAAGAAGAAGACAACUUACCACUGCGUAACGUGCCAAUGGUGUUUUUCUAUGUUUUGUACCAAAGUGUAAACAUAUACGACAAUUCCACGCCAAGAAAUGCAUCUAAAUUAUUUUUGUCAGAUGGCGAGAGGGCUUGCUUGGUUGAGACAGGAGCCAGCUUUCUACUGUACCGCUGUGUUAUCUAUGUGUGAUGAAACGUUUUUGUGAAGUACUUGUAACUAAAUUCUUACAGCCAUUUUUCAUUCCCAACAGCUGUUUUUAUUUUAUCUCUUUGACCUAAACUUUUCACAAUUUCAAA